AUGUUGUAUCGAAUAACUUAUCGUCCAAUUUCUCGAUUUUUUCAUGUUACUUCCUCACGACAUGAUUUUCUUGCUUUGGCUUGUACUGGGCUGCAAACAGUACAUGCUUUAGGAAUUCCCUGGUGGGCUACAAUUCCAUUGACUACAUUGCUUUUACGUACUGCUAUGGUGCCAAUUGUUCUUUGGUCAAGAAAUAGGAUGAUUCGAUAUAUAUAUAUUAAGCCGUUGAUUCGGGCAUGGAAAUGUCAAAUUGUAAGAUUUGAUAAUAUUAAAAGUGAAAAAUUUAAUGAAAAAAGAAGUGAGCUUUUUCGUCGCCAUAAUUGUCAUCCGAUUGGAUCAGUAGUUGUGCCUUUUAUACAAUUUCCAUUGUUUUUGACAAUGACGUUUGCAUUACGUGGUAUGUCUGGCUGGUCAAUUCCAUUAUUUCCGAAAUCAGACAUACCUAUGGAAGUUUCGUUGUCCUAUGAAGGAAUUGCAUGGAUGCAAGACUUAACAGUUCCUGAUUCUAUUGGGUUUUUGCCAGUUUGUUUAGGUUUAAUUAAUCUUAUAAAUAUUGAGUUAAAUAUUUAUUUUCAUAAAGAAAUGUUUUUUGUAUCAACAUUUAUGACACGUUUUGCACAAGUUAAUGCACUAAUUUUUAUUUUUAUUUCAAUGCAAGCACCCAUAGCAUUAUGUUUAUAUUGGAUAACUUCUUCUUUAUUUUCAGCUGCACAAAAUGCUGUUUUAAAUGUAAUAAUGCCUUUUCCUCGUUCUUUUAUGAUGCGUUUUAAGAAUUAAAUUGCAAAAAAUCAAAAUUCUCUAAACUGAGUACGAUAGAUACGUUCACGUCUAUGAGUUUGUUCAUAUUUCAAGAGAAUAUCCAUGAUAUCUAGCCAACGGUUACAAAAUGUUUCUUGUGAGAAACGUAUAGAUGAUUCUUUAGCCCUUUUUCUCAUGGAAUCAAUGUCUUCUUGGGACAUUGAAAAGAUAUCAUUAAAUGCUUUUGCAAAAGAAGAUGGUGUAGAAGCAUGAUAUCCUAUAGAUAAUAAAUAGAUAUGUUAUGAUUAUUUUUUCGAAUUGUUACCUGUUGGUUUUCCUUUAUAGUCUACAACGAUAUCAAGUUUGGGCCCACCUGAGUCGUGUAUAACAGGAAUAAGUGCUGCUGCCAUAUAUUCAACAAUGGCUAUUCCAAAAUGUUCAUUCCACAUUGUAUUGACGCCAAUCCAGGAUUUUUUAAGCCAUGUGACUAUCUC